AUGCGCAAAUUGGUAUUACCCAAAUAUUUUGGUCGUCCAUCAAUUGGGCUAGCGUUAUUUGGAUGCACAAAUCGACCUUUCUAUCAAAUUUGCGUUUUUCCGGAUCGUGCUUUGGGACGACGAUCUGAGAGCAGUAUCCUAGAACAGGCCAGUCGCUUAUAUCUCGUCGAUAUUUAUGGUGUUGAUUGUAAGGAAUACUCUCAAACAGGUAAAUGUAAUCAGUUGUCAAUUCUAUGGAUGUAUGUGAGCCAUUUUCAGGUGGGUACGUUCGAUCCACUGCCGAACGUUCGGAACGAGAAGUUGGUAGCGUUGAACAUUGGACGAAUCAAGUAUUGGAUCGGUGAGAGGAACGCGCAUAUUUCUGUGCCUGUGUUAGAGUUGUUGGGUCUUUCUGGAUUGUUCCCAAUCCAUCCGAAAACAUUCAUCCGAGCUCGAGACAACCGACGGCUAGCAUCCGAAGCGGCCGCAGCCCAGAAAGCAAAGGAACAAGAAGAGAAAGAAAAGGAAGAGCAGCAAAAAGCGAAGGAAUUUUUGGAAAGGCAGCAGUUGACGGGGGAACAAGGAGAGGGUGAAAGUGAGACGUCAUCUGGGGAAAGUGAGAAAGGGGUUGGGGAUUCAGAGAGGCGACUUGAAAGCUCCAGAACGGAGCACUCGAAGGAAGUAGCCUCCGAAGGAGUUGCGAAGGUAACGAAAGAAUCGUCAGAGGCACAAGCCAAAGCCUCUGCUGCAAGCAGUAACGAUCCUGACGGCAUCAAGUCAAAGGAGAAAGAAGAACAUUCAACGGGAAAGGCGGAGGAGAAGCGUAAAGACUGA